AUGGCCGCGGAAAAUCCUGCUUUGGUUCAAGCCCACAUUCAAGCUCAACUUCAUCAGGCAAUGGCUGCACAGUUAGCAGCAAAUGGAGGUGUCGGUGUUCCUCCCGCUCAUAUGCAUGAUCAAAUUCGAGCGACUCUUCUGCGUCUUCAACAACAACAACUCGUCGCCGCUGCGGCUGCACAGGGCAAACUGGGGAAGGUUCGACCUCCGACCCAGAUGAUUCCAUCAUCAGUACAGCGUCAAAUGAACAAAGCAAGCACAUCGCAAGCAGAAGAGACUGUUCAUCGAGGUUCGAGGACUGAUCAGGAUGCGAGUCCUACACAUAUGGCGGAACCAGAUGUUCUGGAAGCAGCUGCUCGAAAUAACGCUGAUAUGCUGAAGAAAAUGCAAAUGCAACAUCAGUAUGCGGCCAUGAUGAAUGCGAUGCAGGAUGUUCUGGAAGCAGCUGCUCGAAAUAACGCUGAUAUGCUGAAGAAAAUGCAAAUGCAACAUCAGUAUGCGGCCAUGAUGAAUGCGAUGCAGGGUGGCCUUCCAAUGGCAGCAUGGCGCCCACCACCUCCUAACAGUAACAGUGCCGUGCCUCCGAAUCCUCAAGCUCAAGCUCAGAUACUCAUGCAAAUGGCUCAGGUACAGCAACUUGCUCAUGCUCAACAACAAAUGCGUCUUAAGCAGCAGGCUUUGGCCAAAAUCAUGCAGUUGCAAGGACAUCAACAAGCUGUUGCUGCUGCAUCUGGAAUGCAGGUUCCGAAUGUACCCGAACGUAGUUCGCAGAAUUACACUGGCUCGUCAUCAUUUGGUGCUGCUUCUGAUCUAUCUGGGCCCAUCCAAAGUCCACUGGAAAAAUUGCUUGCUGCUGCUGGAGUCCAACCAUCACAAUUCACGGGCGGAUCGCAAGAAAGCAGCUCCUUCCAGAACAGUUCUCAAGGUGUUGGACCAGUUGGAACACGCAUGCCACCGCCAUCUGUCCGUCCGAUGAGUUUGGAGGAAUUGGAGCGUAAACUCACGGAGCAAACCAAUAUUUCACUCAAUUACUGUGUAUUCGAAAUCGAGAAUUUGGUUUGGUUUUGUUGUGUUUACCGGGUGAGCAUUGGGGGACAAUACGGUGAGCAGUAG